AUCACAGCCAUCUCUUGACAUUCGACCACGACGAUCCGAUUCUUAUUCCUGCUCUCGAGGCUACGACACACGAAAAUUACGAACAGAAUUCGUUUCUGAACGAACACACUGCAAAAUCGAAGGACUUGGCCAGCGACAGAAAAGGCUCCGAAAGCAGCCACUCUGGCUUCCAUUACUAUCACUUCGGAGCAAAGCGAGCACACUCGAUACGUGAAACCACGCGACGGAAGCGAGACAGAAACAGUUGAUUGAAUUGGUUUAUGUAAACAUAUAAAGCGAUCAUGGCAUCAUCGACACCUCCGCUAAUACCGCUCCCGGCACCAGAAUCCGAAGAGAUGAUCGACAGAUUCGCCACAUUGUUCUCACCACCCACACCUCACGCAUCUCCCACCAACACACCACCGCCAUCCACCUUCUCCAUCCUUACCGACUCGCCCCACUCCCCAGACGGAGAAUUCGGCGCCUUUGUCUUUGUCCCGCCCUCCCAAGACCCACUAGCAACUACCCCAUUCUCACCUGUGCAUACAGAGCCCCACACUACUCACGCGUUCUUCGACGAGGCGAAACGUGCGCAGGAGCGGAAUAAACGGGAUGUGCUGGACGAACUGUUGCUAGACGAGCCUUUGUUUCGUUCGAAGGACCUGUCACCGCCACCGCCACCACCUCCACCAGUUGAGAUUGACAUGACCUCAGAUAUGGAUGACGACUUUUUCAGUGCCAAAACAUCCAGUCUCUCAUCUUCCCUGGUAUCCAUCGCACCCUCGUCUCGAUACCGCCACUCCCCUCCCUCCCGCACAUCCACACUCUCAGCAGCGACGCCCGCCCCACCCAUAGCAUCCACCUCAUCCGUCUCACUUCCCAUCACACCCCACACACAAACCCUCCCCUCCCGAUGGAUGAGCACCUUCCUCCCACCCUCCUCGCCCUCCGCACGCGCAACCCUCGACUCCCUCUUCGACCACCACCACCUCGACCCAGCCCCGCCCCGCCCACACUCCGUCGUCCCCGUCGAGAUAACCCACGAGAACACCCUUCGCACCACACGGCAGCUCCUCCGAGACGUCCUCCUGUGGUGUACAUCCCUCCGACGGGCGCACCGGGGUACCGCGGGGAAGGGUACGAAUGGGAUAAAGGCUUCUCGAAGGACCUAGAGAGGGAAGCUGGCGAAUAAGGAGAAUCGGCAUGAGAGGGCUCCGUCGGCUCCUCUUCCUCCUCCCCGGCGAAUAUGGGAGAUAGUAUCGAGAGGAAGAUGGGCGACGUGGAGUUGAGAGGGAGGAGAGAGAAUACGGUGGGCGUGUUGGAUGCUGUGCUAGCGAAUAUGAUCCGC